AAUAAUCAAAGAAGAAGUUUCGAUCUUGCACUUCGACACUGCAGUGUGGCCACACUUCUUUACCACACUGGGUUGAAGAAGUUCGUUUUUGUGAGGCAGUUUCGACCAGCGGUUCUUGUGGGGCAUAUUUUACGACAACCGGAGAACUUUGGUAAGAAGCUCGAUGAAAUUCGGUGGUCUGACUAUGAGGCCCAACAUGGGUAUACUCUAGAGUUGUGCGCUGGUUUGAUCGAUAAGAAUAUUCCCACAGUUGAUAUAAUGAAGGAAGAAAUCGAAGAGGAAUGUGGUUAUGCCGUCAAAAAUGAGGAUAUUCAUUUAAUAGCCACAUUCAGUAUUGCUGCUCAUGAAUCUGGUGGGAUACAGUACCUCUAUUACACAGAGAUUGAUGAUUCCAUGAAAAUAACUGAAGGUGGAGGAAACAAUGAAGAAGGCGAAUACAUUACAAAGGUUUUUCUGAGCGAGUCUGAAGCCCUGGAAUUCGUCAAAAACGACUACUGCCCGACCGAUGCUUAUAAAUGGAGGCCAAGCGACAUAAUGCCUAUGACCGAUUUCAAAUUUGAGAAGAUGCCAUCAUCAAAACGAUUUAUUCCACAUCGGAUGAAAUUCACACUUGGUUCUCUUUGUCGAACUUGGGAUCUGGCUUUGUGUGACGACAGUUUUUCGAUUCUCUUGUAUAAUGAGACUACCAAGGAAUUGUUGCUAACACAGCGGUUUCGGCCAGCUGCUUUGGUUGGUCGAGCACGUCAUCUAGCUCAUCUUGCCGAUCCCACCAAAACGCUCGAUACGAUUGAGUGGAAAUCACAACCAUUGGAGUGGGCUUAUACUCUGGAAAUGUGCAGUGGGCAUUACAAAACCGGCAGUUCUGUCGAGGAUAUCGACCAACGAGUCAGGGACACUGUCGCCAAAAAAUGCGGUUACAAGCUCGAAUCCAUUCGCUUCGUGACCUCAUUCGUAGUUGGCAUAAGUUUUGCUGGAGACAGGCAAAGAGCAUACUACGCUACAGUGAACGAAUCAAUGCGUAUAAAGGAUUGGACCCCUUACGAGGAGAUUACACCGUUCUCUUUGCCGUGCUCGGCCAUACCGUCAUUCCUCCGUGCAGAAACGCCGACAGGUCCACCGGCUGUAUUGUAUAUGAUGCGAUGGUUCCUGAAUAACAACGGGAAAUAA